AUGGAUGAGGAAGAGGUCCAUAUCGCAGUUGGGAAGAACUCAAAAAAGGAGAAAGCCAACAUACUAUGGGCUGCUGCCAAAUUCCCCAGGGCCACCAUAGUUCUUGUCCAUGUUCAUUGGCCCUCCAAGUGGAUGCCUUUCAUGGGUGGCAGAGUGUUAUACAAGUUCGCUGAUGAGAAGGAGAAGGAGAUGCAUAGAGGCAGGGAAAUGAAAGUAAUGGUCAAUAUGUUAUCACGAUACAAAAAUCUGUGCGGGACGAGAAAGGUUAGCGCACAUUACCUUACACAUGAUGACACUGUUGCCGGUGUUGUGAACCUGAUAAAGAAGCUCAGAAUUAAGAGAAUCAUCAUCGGUUCAAGGAACAUGUCAAGGCAAGUGAUGCUUCGCCAGUGCUGUCAGGUUUGGGUGGUACUCAACGGCAAACACAUCUCCACCAGCAAUGAUCACCUGGAGCACAGUGAAAAUAUAGGAUAUGGAGGGAGCUCAGGUAUUUUAGCAUCUAUACAUGAGCUAGGUGAGGAAUCCGAUGGCUACGUGACACCACCAAGUGAUCUUGUAGACGAAAUCAUGGAUGAGGAGUCGACUGAAAUGAAUGAUUCUGAUCAAUUAGUAACGGAAGAUGAAACAUUGACUGAACAAGGCACAGAGGAAUCAGUCACUUCCGAAGAGAUGGAAAACUUUUUUGAAGAGGGUGCUGAUCAAUCUGAUGAGAUACAGAGUUUCAGAAACAUAACUGAAAAGGCCGAAAAAAUCAUGGAGGAAAUAGAAAGACUGCAAAAGAAACUGAAACAGCUGCAAGGAGAGGAGCAUAAUCAUGGCGAGAGGAGCUUGUCACCUAGACAAAUGGCUGCUUCACUGAAGUGGAAGAGUUUAUCAGAACCUAGAUAUCCAGAGCUGCAAAUUCCAGAGAACAUUGAGCAAUUCUCGAUGUCGCAAAUUGAAAAAGUUACUGACAACUUCCACUCAAGAAAUUUCAUCGGAGAAGGAGGUUAUGGCCCAGUUUACAAAGGGAAACUAGGUGGCACAUCAGUGGCUAUCAAGCUGCUGAAGCCUCGUGGUAGUCAAGGUUUCUCAGAGUAUCAGCAAGAGGUGGUGGUGCUGAGCAAAUUGGAGCACCCGCACAUCGUGAGGCUGAUUGGAGUGUGCCCGGAGUCGUGCGGCCUGGUGUACGAGCACCUCCCGAACGGCACGCUCAUGGACAGGCUCUCCAAGGGCCUCCUGUGGAAGGAGCGCGUCAGGAUCCUCGCCGAGCUGCGCUCAGCACUGGCGUACCUCCACUCCAGGCGGCCCCACGCCAUCAUCCACGCCGACCUGAAGCUGACCAACAUCCUCCUGGACGCCGGCAACGCGAGCCGGCUGGGGGACUUCGGGACGGCGCGCGCGGUGCACGUGAAGCCGCUGGAGGAGGAGACCAUCAGCCGCCGCACGAACCCGAUGGGCACAACGGGGUACAUGGAUCCCGUGUUCUUCAUGACCGGCGAGCUCACCACGGAGUCAGACGUGUACGCGUUCGGCGUGGUGAUCCUGCAGAUGCUCACGGGGCUGCUGGACCUCAACAUCGCAGAGCAGGCGCGCGAGGCCGUGAAGAUGGACGCCGUGCACAGCGUGCUGGACGCGUCCGCCGGGCCCUGGCCGGAGGUGCAGGCCGAGAAGCUGAUGAAGCUGGCGCUGAGAUGCUGCAGCCUGGAGAGGAAGCGGCGGCCGGCGAUCACGUCCGAUGCCGAGUGGAGAUCGCUCGACAUCCUACGGGCUAUGGCAACCCCAUCUAGUAAAUCCUGGAAAUGGAAUUCCCAUGCGAGCUGA